ACAUAUCACACUCUAUUAGAUUUUGUAUUGUUUCCUUUGUACCCACGCAGUUCCCUCAAUCCUGUUCUUGUUCAACUCUCUCUCCCAUUAACUGCAUCUUGCUUUGCGCUCGUCGCCUCCGAGGACCGAGUGUCUUGCUGUGGCCUCGUAAACAACAACAAACAGCCACCAUGACUACAGCUGCACGACCAACAUUUGAGCCGGCCAAGGGUGGCAUGGGCCGAGGGGAGCGUGACCUUAGCGCACUCUCCAAGCAGUACUCGGCUCGUGACCUCGCUUCACACACACGGCUCAAGUACCGCGACCAUGGCCAGUCCACCACUGAGGAGCUCCGCAACCGUGACUUCCGCCGUGAGCUGGAGGACCGCGAGCGUGCUGCUAGGGACAAGCGAACCAGUAGUAGUAGUGGUAACAGUGGGAGUGGCAGCAGUAGCAGCAGCAGUAACAAUGCCAUAAGGGAGUCUGGAAGCUCCUCCUCCUCCUCCUCGUCAUCAUCCAAGAAGCCAAGACUGGACCAGAUUGCUCCAUCAAACCUAGACGCUGACGAUCCACAGGAUGAUGAUGAUGAUGCAUCUGAUUCUGACGAUUCAGAUGACGAGGCAGUCCUGUUUGCUGAGUUGGAGCGGAUCAGGAGGGAGAGGGCAGAGGAGGAUGCCAGGAAACAGCAAGAGAGGCAAGAGCAAGAGGAGAGGAUACGCAUGGAGAACAUUAUUUCAGGCAACCCACUCCUCAACCUUGCAGCAGCACCCAAGUCUGACAUGAAGGUCAAGAAACGAUGGGACGAUGAUGUGGUGUUCAAAAAUUGUGCAGCCUCUGAACCUGAUAAAUCAGAAAAGUCUUUCAUCAAUGACUCUUUACGAUCAGAGUUCCACAAACGUUUCAUGGAGAAAUAUGUAAAGUAAUUGUAUAUACCCCUAUAUGUAAGUUAAGAUUUUAUUAAGUGUGGAUGUAUUAGAUUACUGAAAUUACUACAUUGCUACAGGUUGAGAAUCCUUUAUUCAUAAUGCUGGAUGCAGUCUAUAUGUAGGAUUUUUUCAAAAUUUUGCAAUGCAAUGAUAUUUUCAUGCUAGGGUUUGCAAAAGCCAGGGUUUCACUUUAUUUUGAUAUUUGUUUAAGGGAUUCCCAGUUUGUACCAAGUUGGGUAAUAUUUUUCAGCAAUUCACAGGAAUUCAGUGUACAUAAUUGUAAUAGAAGUAGGAUAUUUGAACUUGGUGUUUAUAAAUUUCAAUUAGUACACAAAAUUGAAAAUCCAAAUGUUUGAUUUUUAUUUUAUAUUAAGAUUUUGGCGAAGAAUGUGUCUGAUUGUAGGCUGAUAAGGAUUAGAGAAUUAAAGAUGAUUUUUGAAGGAUCUGGCUGACUGAAUUAUGAACUGGAAUGGUAUUUUAUAAAAGCAUAUUUUACAUCCUUGAAUAUGAUAAAUAUGAACACUGCAUGCACUUACACAUCUUGGAUAUGGAAAACCGCUUUAUUGGUCUUGACAUCUUGACAUGUACUCUUCUGUUUGUUUAUUCUAAAAAGAAUCCAUUACU